UCUCUCUCUCUCUCUCUCUCUCUCUCUCUCUCUCUCUCUCUCUCUCUGUCCCGUGUCCAUUCUCUCUGCCAGUUCCACAUCGGUCAGUUGUCAAUCCAUGUUCCAAGUGCACAAUCGCCUGAAACGGACUUGACCGACCAUUUCCCUAGACUUUUUCACUCUGGCUCUAUGAAAGAAACCAACACCACGGACGACAUCAUCAUCACCACCACCACCACCACAAGCACCAACAACACCACCACCACCGCCAUCACAAGCAACAACAACAAUAACACCAUAACCAAGACCAUCACCACUACUGCUGACAGCAACACCAACUACAACAACAAACACCACUACCACAAGUUGCAAUAUCAGCACUACUACAUCCGCCAGCACUAUUACCACCAUCAGGGAUACCCCUAUCUCCAACAUCACCAUCCCCAACCACCACCACCACCACCACAACUACCACCAUCACAACCAUCACUUCCAAAAACACCACUACUAUACAACCACCAUUAACAAUAGCAACAACAGCAGCGGCAGCAGCAGCACUAUGUCUGAUAGUAUACCUCCUAUGGAUGACAGCUCUCAUUCUCAGCCUGAAGAACAUGGAAGUCUUGGUGAAGUUCACGAAAAAGUUGCUCCAGCUGGACAUGAUGUCGACAAUCCUAACCAGGAAUGCCUUCUCUAUCUCUGGACACUCUACAAACAAACAGAGGAUGAAAAAGUCCAGAUGGAAGAUAGUCAUCGGCGUGAAAUGGAAGAAGUAGACCAAUAUGUGGAACAUAUUCAGCAGUUGUCUGAGGAUGGGGAGAUCACCUUACAGACCCUGGAGUUUGAAAAUAAACAGCUUAACGACAGAAUCACACAGCUAGUUGACAGUCAAAGCUCAGUGCAAAAGGAGCUGAGAAAAAUGUUGGAAGAUGCUGAUCUUCAUACCAUCUUGGAUUUAAAAUGCCAGGAUCAGUUCGCUUAUCUUCUGGCAGAGCGAGCCGAGCUGCAGACCAAAGUAAAAUCAAAAAUCCAAACAGAAACUUUGGAAGUGCCGAUGACAGCUAUUGUUAACAAAGCAUCUACAUGUAAUGGCAAUAUUUCAAAGGAUGCUGAGAUUGAAGGAAGAGAUUCCGUAGUGACAGUAGCAGAGACUGCAGAACCUGUAAAGGCAUCUGCAGCAGCGGUAGCAACAGCAGCAAUAGCAGCAACACCAGUAGCAUCACUCAAAACCACUGACAUCUCCAUCCAGGUUGAAAUGAAAUUUCAAGAGCAGUUGGAGACAGAUUUCGAUGAAGAACUUCAGAAAAUCCAUGAGAAAUGGCAAAUGUCUGAAAAACGGAUGAAGGACAAGUACGAAGAGGAAGUGAACACCGUUCUGGAAGAGAAUGAAAGGAUGGAUGAAGAAUUGACGGAAUUAAAAAUAAAGGUGGAUCAGUCAGAGAAAGUUAUCGAGUCUCUACAGAAAGAGCUGGCAUCGUACCAAAAUUCAAAUUUACUAGAAGAGGACAAUGUAACAACCCCUACCAAACGCCGAUCCUGUGAUGUUGCUCUUCGAAAGGUCAUUGAAAAUAAGACAAAGGUUGAGACUGAACUCGUGUCACUGAAGAUGCAGGUUCGAAAUCUCGAAUAUGAUAAUAAAAACCUCAAAUCACAGCUGGAGCAGGUACAGCAGAAGGCCGAGUUGGAACGAGACCACCAGCAGCAAAUGCGCUACAAAACCACCAGCCUACGAUCUGAGAUGGACAACAUGGAGCAGAAGCUGGAAGAUCAUCAGAAGUCUUCAGAGAAGCUUCUACGAGAGAGAGAUGCUAGCCAUGCCCAGGUGGAAUUACUGAAGAAGGAGUUAAAGGAUAUGAGAGUGCAGAAGGAGCAACUCGAGACAUGGCAGGACAUUGCUGAAAUAAUGAGCAAUGACAAGAAGAACUUGAUGGAGAAAGUGGAAUUGUUGAAUGCUGAGGUGAAAGAGAUCCAAGCAAAGAGAGAUGAAAUCAUUAAAGAGAAACUGCAGCUGAGUGAAGAGGAAAUGGUGCUGACAAACCAGUUGGAGGAAUUCCGACGGGAGAUUGAGGAGCAGAAAUCUGACUAUAACAAAGUGAAGAACGACUACGAGCGACUAAAAUGUUCUAAACUGGAGCAGUCAGCCCGCAUAGAUGACCUUCAGACCAGUGUCAACAAAGUGACCAAGGAGAAAGAACAGUUGGAAGAUCAACUGGAGAAGGCAAAUGAGUACAGUGAAAGUCUAAAGGGAACUGUUGAGGAACUGAAUGGGGACAUUGCGAAGUAUAAGAUGGAAAAAGAAGAAGAAGGAAAGCAACAACAAGUGGUAACUGCACAACUGCAGGAGCAGAAUGAAGCCCUCGGUGAGCAGCACAACAGCCUGAAGCAGGAACUUCAGAAUCAGCAACUGAAGACGGACGAACUUCUUGAGGGUCAACAUCAACUGCUGUCAAAACAUGAAGAAAUGUGCAACAGUCUAGCAGCUGAGAUUGAUGACUUGAAAUCCAAGCUGAAGUUGACUUUGGAAGAGCUAGGUCGAGCCCGUAGCUUGUUAGACGAGAAAACUGAAAAGUGUGCUGCUGUUUUAGACUUAGAAACUCAACUAGAAGAGACCGAGUCACAACUGGUGACAGUGACCCAUCAGUAUGAAAUGAGUCAGGUAGAGAUAGAAGAGUUGAAGAAAGAAACGGCUAAUCUGAAGACGAAAUUAGCAAAUGCUCACACAGAAAUUCAAGAUAUCAGCCAAGAAUAUGAAGUGAAACAGGAAGAAUCGCAGGAAAAACUAAACACUGUGGAACACAAUCUACAGAAUGAAAUCAAAGACAUGCUGGAAGAGAAAAGUAACCUUGAAAGAGAUUAUAAUGCCAAAUUAACGAAGUUACAGAUGGAAGUAGUUGAUUUCAACAACAAACUCCAGUCAAGACUUACAGAGAAAAACGAUUUGGAAGAGAAGUUAGACAAAGUGCAGAUUGAUUUGAAGAACACAGAAAACCAACUGCUGGAGGCUAAUUCUGUUAAGGAAGAUCUUUCCAAACGUCUUGAGAUAGUCUCAGCAUCGAAAGAGGACAUUUCCGAGAAGUUGGCAUUUGCAUUGCAGAAACUCGAAGAAGUAUCACAGUCCAGGUACUGGAACCAGUCGAAACAGUCUGUACAACUGGAGGCCAGCUCUGAGGUGGACGGUGGCAAGCCUCAGGAUAUUCCUCUGGCUGUAGUAGAACCGGAUAACUAUCAGAGCGAUAAUUUCGGAACACUUUCGCCUAGCCAUUCAAUUAAAACUGCACACAAAAGCGGUGAAGAUGAAGGUAGUGAAGAUGAAGAAGGAGAAAAAGAAGAUGAAGAAGGAAAUAAAAGAGAUGCCAAAGAUAGUGGUGAAUGUGAGAUGGAGCAGUCAACAUGUUUAUCGGAAAGAAACCAAAGGCCAUUGCUAAUUGAAAACACAUCAGAUGAAUUUGUGAUAUGUCUGGAUGCCAUGGUGAGAGGCAGCACCAAAGGAGUUCAGAUUUCUAAGAGCUUCCAAAGAAGAAUGGAACAACUGAAGAAUUCUAUAAAUGGGCUUGAUGCCAAAGGAAAGGGUUCUGGCAUCUUGGAGAGGUUUUACAAUGUUAUGGAUCUUUUUGUUGACUUACAAGACAACCACAGCCAACUAUACCAGCAGAUAAACAAACUGAUGCAUUAUGCAAAAGAACGGAAGCAUGGGAUUGAACCAGCUGUGACUCAGUCACAUGUCUCAGCAUUGGCGCAGGAAAGGAACAGUGAUGAUGAAAGAAGCCAAACGGCAAGUGAAGUAAAACUUGGCGUGUCACAGAAUCAGAAUCUCAGUGAGUCCAGCCAUAAUGAGGAAAGAAUAAGCUCCAGCUGCCAAAAUGAGAUCCAAAAGGACAAUCAAGUGCAGCUUGAGAAUCUACAGAUGGUCUUGAAGGAGAAUUGUAUGUUGAGGCAGCAACUGGAAGCAAAGCAGAAGGAGAUUCUUCAGUUACAUCACGAUGUCACAGUGGCUCAGCUUUCAACUAGUUCAAUACAGACACAGCUUAGUGUUGGCACUUUAGUCAGAAAUAGCAUUGAGAACAACAACAUUGCCUCAACACCUGUCUGUGAACUUACCCAGGCUUACGACAAACUCAGCACAUUGUUGGGCAAAAGCCUCUCUUUAGAAAAUGGUGGCCAAAUUUUUCCGGAAAAUCUUGACCAGUGUGAUCAAUAUGAAGAUGAAGUGCAGAGCUUGGUUCCACAAUUAAAUGGUAAAGAGGACAAGCUGGAAGACUUGAGGAAAGUAAAGACCAUUCUCGUCAGAGCUGGAAAGGAAAUGAAACUGUACAAACAGCGACUAGAAGAAGAAAAAAUCAAAAACAAGCAGCUGUUGCAGUAUCAGAAUCAGUUGAAACAGGAGAUGCAAAAGAUGCAGAAAGGAAUGAUUUAUAACGCAUGGCAGCAGAAUGGCAGUAACCAGAGCAACAAUAAUAAUAAGUGUGAUAUCAACUGUGCCAAUAGCGACACCCACCAGUUGCACAAAGAGGUUACCGAUCUAAAGAUGGCGCUGUUUGCUGCGAACGAACGGCAGGAGAUUUUGCAAAGAAAAUACGAAGAUCGCAAGCUUCGAAUCCGUGCAAAAUUCCUGAGAGCCAGGCAGUUACACAACCAGGAAAAGAUGCUUAUGAAGGAACAACUUCGCCACCUGGGAGAGGACUUGCUGGUCACUCGGUCAAUGUUUAACAAGGAGCAUGAACUGCGUGAAGAGCGAGAAGCCAGUUACAAGAAACUGGCCAGUGAACGCCGAGAGCUUUUCUCAAAAAGUGGAGAACAAGUGGAGAUCAUCCGCGAGCUGACUCGGUCUCAGUCGAGACUGGAGGUUCAGUCAAAAUUCCUCGAAGAAGAAAACAAACGUCUCCAGGAGAAACUAAUUGCAGCCAAUCACAGGCAGAGUCUGUCACAACGUGCCAAUCACAAUUUAAUAUACCCUCACCAGUUAACAAGUCCGAAAUCUUUAGAGUUUGAUUCCAUUUUUGAGAGGCCACUGUCUCACUCAAACAAAGGGACAUUGCCUGACACGAAACCAUCCUUCCAAACAAAUAUCAGCCACAUACGCCAAAUAGAACUGAAACAGAUGGAAGACGAAUAUGAUAUAUGAACCAUAUGUAUCUAAUAUGCAGGUAGCUAUGUCUGUGUGUCCAUGUGUCUCUAAGUAAAUGUGUGUGUGUGUGUGUUUGUGUGUGUGGAAGAGAGAGUGUGUGUUUAUGCAUGUAAACCAUACUUUUUUUGUUCCUCAGAAUUUAAAAGAACAAAUAACAACAGAAAAAUACAAAUUCAUAGAAAAAGGGAAUACAAUUUGUUACCAAAUUCUUCCAAAUGAAGGAGUAAUAUAUAUACAUACAUAUAUAUAUCUUCGGUUGCCUACUUUGAUUAUAAUCAC